GCAUAUCGGCAUAUAAAUUGUUUUACCAAAUUACCAAUUUUGGCCCGUGUACGUGUGAACUACUGCACCUUACUAGGUAGGCACGUGCCUCACACGUUUUCGCAUUGAAAUGUGAGCCGUGCCUGCUAUUUUUUUAUACGGCCUGUUUAGAAUUAAGUCUCAAAUUAAAAAAUAUUGAAAUUAAUAAAUUAAAUUUGACAUAUUUUAAUUAUAUAAAUUUGAAAAUUAAUUAAAUAACUUUUUAAAUUUUUUUUUCAAUAACACUAGUGAUGGAGUGUUAGUACGAGUGGUGUAUGUUUCAUAAAACAAGAGAUUAAUAUCAAAUUUAAAACAAAAAGAUUGAUUGAGUGUACGGAGGUGGAUGAUUGCUUUUAUAAUUUUUUAGUUAAGGAUUUAAUUGGAAGACUGUAAAACGAUGGAGUUUUACGUAUACAAGAUUGAUGAUUAGAUUAAUGAUUUGGACUUGAUGCAAACCCAUUUUUGCAUUUGUAAAACUAUGUAGAUUCGGCCUACUAAGUUGGCUAUUUGAAAUCCAUUAGUGUUUAGCUCUUCAAUUCCCCUGGAGCCUUCGUUGAAACUAAUCUUUUUUUUUCCAAAGUGAGCUUAAAUUUCUGGUAGCAUGUGAUUGUGCUUUGAAGCUAUCUUAUACAGAUGAUGAUCAUUGGAUUACAAGCAUUCAGAAGUUAAAGUGCUUGUAUAAGAAGGCAUAUUUUGACUCCAGCAGAAAGAACUGGAACAAAAGAUGAUGGAUUCUGUGAAACUAUCUUCCAUGACACCAAAAAAGAGUAGAUUGGCACGCACAGUUGCGAAAGUUCUUCAUCUUCGAGCUGCAACUGGGAUUGCUCCAGUUGAUGGUGUGCAAAAAGUCGAGUCCCAGGAAAAGGUCAAGGAUGAUAAGAAGAUAGGCAAUAAGAGCACAGUCAGUCUGCGCCAAUCCUUCAAAAUCAGCAGUGAUGAGGAACACCAAAGGAGUUUGGCUAUGGAAGCUCUUCUUGCAAAACUGUUUGCCAGCAUUUCCUCUGUUAAAGCAGCAUAUGCUCAGUUACAGUGUGCUCAGUCUCCUUAUGACGUUGAUGGGAUCCAAGCAGCUGAUAAAUUGGUGGUUUCCGAGUUGAAGAAUUUAGCUGAGUUGAAGCAGUGUUAUAUUAAAAAACAGUUCGAUGAUUUGUCAGAGACUGCUAUGCUGUUGGCCGAAGUUCAGGAGCAGAAGUGUGUUUCAAAGACCUAUGAAAUUAUGGGGAAGAAAUUGGAGUCUCAGUUGAGGCUCAAGGAUUCUGAGAUCAUAUAUCUUAAAGAAAAAUUGGAGGAAUCCAAUAGACAGAACCAGCUACUUGAGAAGAGAUUAAAUCAGAGUGGACAGCUGUCUAUGCCUGACAAUCUUCACCGAUCAGGUCUGAGUCCUAGUCAUUUCCUAGCAGUUGUUAGGUUUACAGUGAAGUCUAUCCGAAGCUUUGUCAAGUUGAUGAUUGAUCAGAUGAAAGCUACCGAUUGGAAUCUUGAAGCUGCAGCCAAUUCGAUUGUACCGGACGUGGUCUACUGGAGAGCUGAUGAUAAAUGCUUCGCGUUUGAAUGCUUUGUUUGCCGGAAAAUGUUUGAUGGUUUCAAUUUGCCAAACUUCUCCCUUCCAAGCGAUUCUUUACCAGAGAGAAAGAAUAAGCAACGUCACUUUUUCAGGAGAUUUACAGAACUAAAAUCUGUGAAAGCUAAGGAUUAUCUUGCAGAGUAUCCCAAGUCGACAUUCGCAAAAUUUUGCCGGGCCAAGUACUUGCAACUUGUUCAUCCCCAGAUGGAAACAUCAUUCUUUGGCAAUUUGAGCCAAAGAAACAUCGUGAAUUCCAGUGAAUUCCCUGACACCAACUUCUUCACUUCAUUUGCUGAAAUGGCAAGGCGGGUGUGGCUACUACAUUGCUUGGCCUUUUCCUUCGAGCCAGAGGCCUCAAUCUUUCAAGUACGCAGGGGAUGCCGUUUUUCUGAAGUUUACAUGGAAUGUGUAUCAGAGGAUGCACUGCUUUCGUCCGAAAAUGCACUAGAGGCUGACCCACCAGUUGCAUUCACUGUAAUUCCAGGCUUUAGGAUUGGUAAAACUAUUAUACAGUGCCAGGUCUACCUCUCUCUAAUGCAAAGCAGGAUAAAUCGGUGAUCUUCAAUUCAUGGAUAACGGAGGACGAAGAAUAAUGAAUCAAACCGGAGGCCAUAGUCAUGAUUCUUCACGAGUAAAAGUCAGUUGAGGCUAGGGAGUAGCCUGAUAGCUUUGUGUUCCUUGUGGGGGCUCAUUGAUGCUUAGUUUCCAUCCGACGAUUAGGAGAUCAUCUCACAGCAUCAAAGCGGGAACAGGAGGCCAUGGUCAUGAUUUUUCAUCUUUUGUUUUUUUAGUAAUAGUUAGAUGAUGAAGAAGUGUGGCUUGGCUAGUUGCCUUGUUUUGUUUUUUAGCGGCCAAUUUGAAGUGGAAAAGCGCGUAGAAUGGACCGUUGUGGUAGGAUGACGGGGGCAACAUUUGAUUUUAUUAUUUGAAUUAUGAAAGACAUCAGACAUGCUCGCAAUUUUGUUAAUAUUAGGCAAAUGACAGAGGGAUUUGUUUAGUAAGUUUGCCUCGUUUCCCUAUAUUAUGAAGUUUUUUUUUUAGUUUUUUUAUGUAAAUAAAGAAAUAUAUGGUGGGGGACUUUUUUAUUAUAGAUAUGUGUUCGCAGUAUCCAACUUGGUGCUCUCCCUGUCAUUCUGUCUCUUUCAUUUGUUAUAUAAAUUACUUUAAUUUUUCUUGUUUUGGAA